AUGAAGUCCUUUGCGAUCCUCACUGCCUCCCUCCUGGGCCUGGCGUCUGCCCACAUGGAGAUGAAGAACCCCCCGCCUCUGCGCUCCCAGUUCAACAAGUACACCACGAGCGUCGACUACGACAUGAAGAACCCGCUUAGCGCCGGCGGCAGCAACUUCCCUUGCAAGGGCUACCACACCCUCCUCAACACGCCUCAGGGCCAGACUGUCGCCGACUGGACUCCCGGCCAGUCGUACAGCAUGACCAUCACCGGCGGCGCUGCCCACAACGGCGGCUCGUGCCAGGCCUCGCUCUCCUUCGACGGCGGCAAGACGUUCCAGGUCAUCCACUCGUACAUCGGCCACUGCCCCAUCGUCGGCGACUCGACCUUCCCGUUCAAGGUCCCCAGCGACACCCCCUCGGGCAAGGCCCUCUUCGCGUGGUCGUGGUUCAACCAGAUCGGCAACCGCGAGAUGUACAUGAACUGCGCGUCCAUCAACAUCGUCGGCGCCAAGAAGAUCCGCGGCUCCACGGAGGCCCGCGCCGGCCUCAGCAGCCGCCCCAACCUCUUCGUCGCCAACGUCGGUAACGGCUGCACCACCGUCGAGGGCCGCGACACCAAGUUCCCCAACCCCGGCCCGGAUGUCACCCAGACCUCGGACCAGCCGCCCGUUGCGCCCGUCGGAAACUGCAGCUAG